AUUCAGAACAGGAAAGAGGCCAAGAAUACUGUCUUAGCUACAUUUUCACCUAUCGUGACUUUGACAAUGGUGUGCUAGGUCUGGCAUGGGUGGGAGACAUAACAAAUGCUGGUGGAAUAUGUGAAAAAAUGAGGACCUUUCAAAAUGGUAAGAAGUCACUAAACACAGGAGUGGUAACAUUUAUUAACUACGGCAAAGCUGUUCCUCAGAGAGUUUCAGAGAUUACAUUUGCUCAUGAAGUUGGUCACAAUUUUGGUUCUCCUCAUGAUAGCUCAGCAGCCUGUACUCCUGGUGGUUCCUCAGGGAAUUUCAUCAUGUUUGCCCGUGCCACAGAGGGAACCAAGCCCAACAACCGACGUUUCUCCUCAUGCAGUAUUAACAAGAUCAAACCAGUAUUAGACACCAAAGGGAUAUGCACUGAUGACAAGUGUUGUUUCAAAGAAUCUCAAGCUGCUAUAUGUGGCAACAAAGUGGUGGAAGAGGGAGAGGAGUGUGACUGUGGAUUUGUAGAUGAUCCAUCUUGUAUUGAAGACAAGUGUUGUAAUGGUAAAAAAGAAGGCAAAAAAGAGGGGUGUACUUUAAAUGAACAAAUUAAAGCAGUAUGCAGUCCAAGUCAGGGACUAUGCUGCGACUCUGACACUUGUAAACCACAUGUGGGCAAUAAUACUGUACGUUGUCAAAAUGAGACAGACUGUAGGAAUAUUUCCUACUGCAAUGGUUUGAAUGCCUCCUGUCCAAUAGCUCCCCCUAAACUUGAUUUAACUCCAUGCUUUGAAGGUCGUAAACUUUGUGAAAAUGGGAGUUGUUCUGCUUCUGUCUGUAAACUCAAAUCUGGUUAUGAGGAGUGCCAGUGUUCUCAGGAAGGCAAGAUGUGCGACCUUUGUUGUGAGUUCACUGAGAACAACAAGAAAGUCUGUAAACCUACUUCAGAAAUCGACGGCAUUAACAGCUUAAAGCAGCUCCCUUCGGCUGCAUGUAAUAACUUCAACGGGUACUGUGAUGUGCUACUCAAGUGUCGUCAAGUUGAUGCAGACGGACCUCUCAACAGACUGCGUAAGCAGUUUUUCAGCAAGGAGGCAAUUCUUGGAUACAUAGCAUGGAUCAAGAAGUAUUGGUGGGCUUGUGUUCUCAUUGGUGUUGGUCUUAUCCUGCUUAUGGCCGGAUUUAUCAAGAUAUGCAGUGUUCAUACGCCCAGUAGCAACCCYAACAAGCCACCAGCCCGAACACUUACACUGCGUCGGCGAGAACARCAACAACAGCGUAUUCAACAAGAACGUAAUAGACGGGCAAGACAACAGGCCUCCGAAGGGUACCCCGGACCGUCAUAUAGGAACGAACCCCCACCCCCUUACUCAGGAGCCUACGAAAUGAGAGGAGGGGGGAAACGUUAAGUAAAUUCUUCACAAUUUUACCCAUGUCAAAGCUACAUAGAAGGAUCACUGCGAUAGGGUAGAAAGACAAUAGCUUUAUUGACUAUUGCCUGCUCUUUCUAUUGUAGUUAUGGUAGGAAUAGAUAGUUGGCUUGCAUUGGUUUUUCACGUGACCAUAUUUCCAGCGAUACCAUGUAACAUUGAUCACCUCCUCAGACUCGCAAAAAUCGACUUUUUUAAUUUUCGUGAUUUGUGCAGUCACGUGACAAGUUGGUGCUUGCAUCGGAGACACUCGUUAGUUCUUCAAAGUAGCCAAAUCACCAUUAAUAUAUCUCACGUAGACUUUAUAACACGAUCUAAUUACGCCCUUUUGUAGCUUAUAUGACUUACUCUGGCGAUUACGUAGCUCACUUUGCGUUAUUAAGGUACGCAUUGAACUGGUAAAUAACUUAAUUUGUCCGUACGUAAGGAACCGCAACGUAAAUGUCCAAGAGAAAGGGAUUAGAUCAUUUUACAAAGUCUCAGUUUCAGAACUAGAAGCACUUUGAUGUAAAUAGGUAAUAAGUUUUUCACUAGCAUUUCAUAAAUAGUAGUUUAUUCUGUCCAUCUCGCUUAAUGAUUUAAUAUUUUUGAUAUUUUGGUUGUUGAAUACUGCCGUAGUCAGAAAAAAAUGCAUAAGGAUGCAGGCUUUUAUAUGGAAGGAGUAGAGGAGGUUAUGAAAGGAUAAAAGUGAAAUUAUGAUUGAUAAUGAUUAGAGAAAGAAUAUGUAAAAAACGCAAACUCUMAAAAGCGAAAAUAUUAUUGUUCAGGAUCAAAUGAUGUUGCAGGAUUUAAGUUUUUCUGGCCAUUUUCACCAAACUUCUUUGUGCCCUGACAGUCRCUUCGCACUCGACAGUCUGUCAAAAUCGCUCAUUCUUUAGUUGCAUUUAUAUUUCAGAGCAGUUUUUUGACAGAAGUAUUGUGUAUUUUAUGAUAAUUUUAACGCGUUUUCCCUCCUAGGAUGUAUGACCCAAUGUAUAAAAAACCUAGCGCACUCGUCCAUAAAAUGCGCGCGCGCGCGUCAACAUUUUUUUCCCGCCUUUUUUUUUGUAUGCUUAAUUCUGGAUGGUUAGUUAAAUUGCGGUGGGAAGUUUCUAUAGAAACUUGAAAGCCAGAUAUAUUUAUUAGAAAAUUUGUACAGAUAUAUCUUAAAUGAUUCCUUGAAUUUGAUGUAAGAAUUUUGCAUUUCUACUGGCACGAUUAUAUGGUAUUUCUAACGCUUGUGUAAUAAAAGUCAUUUUCAACUUUUUA